CUCUGCAAGCUGCGGCAGCACGGGGGCACGGGAAAGCAAGCGCACAUGGGCCUCAGAGUGCCCCAAAUAGGCAAGGCGCACUCAACAGCAACUGUGCGCGCAGGAGCAGCGACAUAAGGUUACCUAGGUCCCGUCCUAAGAUAAACAAGCUGUCGAAAAGGGCCGAAACCUGCUGUACUGGGCUUGAACCUCCGUACUUCCUGCGGGCAAUCGAAAGAUGGAGCAAGCUGCAGCACCUGAAGAAAAUGGAUGCAUAUAUCCAUACGUGAAGCUGCGGCGGUGGCAACCGCGUACCGCAAAUCGCAUCAUUCAAUUUCAGUCGACCUAUUCCAUCGAGUAACUGCAUUAUUUAGUUUGCUACGCUUGUUGCGUAUCAACUACAGCCUAGUAAACAUGCCGUUCCACGGGCAACAAGCUACUGAGCGAUAUUGACUUUCUGACUACGUUUUUGCCGGUGGAACGAGGAAAUGGUGUUCGCGUGUUGCUUUGGUGGGGCACUGCAAUCAGCUUCUCCAACUGCAAGCCAUAAGAACCAGUCUGGAGCAAGUGCCGGCGAUGGCGCAGCGCAGCCAACGGAAUCACAGGCGCCUGGUGGACCUGCGGUGGUGGCUGAGCCCCAGGACAAAGCGAAAUUGUUGGGGCCUUCACAAAAGCCCGUUCAGCUUGCAAGUGAAUUGCGAGCAAAUGUCAACGCGGCAAUGGAGGGUCUGGCCAAAGUGGCGUCACCGUUUUGGAGUGAACGUAUCAACACCUCGUUGAGAGCGAUUGAGACCGCACUGGGGCUGUCAGCAGGGUUGGCGGUGUUCAGCGGGAGGGGAGUUUCAUUAGGUUGGGUUAUGACACGUGACCCCUCCGGGCAAGCUGACCAGUGGCCUUCGCCGGCAACACGGUGGCUCUCAGUCGUUCACGAGCAGCUGCUGACUGUCAAGCGCAAAUCGGAUUUUAUUGUGGUGGUGGAGACCGACGGCGCCGGCGACGCCGCCGUCUCAUCUGGCGCUCCCAACGACGGCACCGCCGAUGCCGUUAGCUCUUUCGCCACGCCGCCGUUCUUUUUGAGCGCCCGCGCGCGGCCGGCGCCGUUCGAUUUGGGUUCGCACUGCUUUCUUGCGCUCCCCAUCUAUGACCGGGUGGAGAGGCUGGCUGCUGCGCUACUGCUGCGCUGGCCGGCGCCGCCCGGCGCUGGCACGGGCGUCGUCUCGGCGGUUGGCGCGACUUCGCUGACACCCCAACCGUAUGGUGUAAAGGGCCUUAAUCAGGGGGAGGCAGGAAGUGGGUCGGUGGCGCACCAGGUCCCCGGCCACGCGGCGGCGGUGGCGGCUGAUGGCGACGAGGCUGCCACGACCGCCAACACCAGCGCCACCGUGCCUCCUCCGACCAUGGUAGUCUCGGCCGUGGGGCUGGACGUCGAUGCCCGCACGUUCAGCAGCGGCGGCAUGCCGGACACCACCACCAACACCAACACCAACACCACUACCAACACCAGCACCACCGGCGGCGGCGGCGGCGGCGCUAGCUCCCAGCUGGCGCUGCACGUGCACGCCGCCCGCCCCGGCGGCGGCGGUGGCGCAGCCGCCACCGCCAGCGGCGCAGCCGCCGGCGCCGGCCGUUGGGUGUGCGCGGGGUACCUUGCGGAGCUGCACCGCCUGGCGCAGUUCCUGGGGUACGGGUUGUUCGCGGACCCCUUCCACACCGAGUUCCUGGCGCGGGUGGCGGGCCACCUGGCGGCGGUGGCCACGGCGCCCUGCCUGCACGACGGCGUCCUAGCGCUGCUGGAUGCCUUGCCCGACGUGCUGGCGUUCCGCCUGUCGCUGACGGCGCAGCCCAUGCUGGUCGCGACCAGCCUCAACGCCGCCGCCGCUGCCGCCGCCGCCGCCGCAGGCAUAGGAACGGGCACGGCGUCCAACGGGCCGUCGGUGGCCUUCGUGCGGCGGCGGGGCGAAGUCGCGGCGGCGGGCGCGGGGCAUGGGAGCAGCCUAGCGGGGUUCGUGGGCGCGGCGCGGGGCAUGGCGAGCGGCGGCGUGGGGUUUGUGGACGAGGCGAACGGCGGCACGGGCACGCCACGUCAUACGUCGCGUGUGACCACCCCGUCCCGGAGUAACGGGCCGCUGCGGAUGCUGGGUGCUGGAGGCGGUGGCGGCGGGUCCAUGGGUGCCGGUUCUCUCGGCGUAAUGGAGGCGGAGGGCGGCGCAAUGGCUUCUGGCAGUGGUGCAUUCCCGACUGCUGGGGUGAUGCCCAUCAACGGCCCGCAGUCGCUUGUGCGCGCGGUGCGGCUGCCGCUGGGGGGCACGCUGCUCAACCACACGCUGUGCAAGGCGCCGAGCCCAACGCAUAUCACAGCACCGCCGGGGGGCAGCACGCUGCCGCCGCGCUCGCUGCUGACGUCGGGCGGCUCUGGCGGCUUCGCUGCCCCCAACAAGAACUGCCUCACCUACCUUGCAAUGGACCCGAGCAUCGCCCGGGACCUUGCGGACCCCACAGAAGCACCCGACAUGCGGCAGCAACAGCUGCAGCUGCAGCAGCCACAGCCGCAGCAGGCGCCAUCAGCAUCGGCGGCGCCGCCGCCGCGGCAGCGGCGCGCUCGUCCCACGGUCGUGGCACUGGCUGACGCCAGUUCCCAUGUGUUGGACGAGCAGCACACGCAGCGCGACGUGAUACUGGCGGGCGGGCAGCUAGGUCCCGGCAGCAGUGCCGGAACGCUGCUGGUGUGCGUGGAAGGCGCGCUGCCGCCGGGCGCGCCGCCCGCGAUGGUACUGGUGCCGUCAGGCACCACCGGUGACCUGGCUUGCGGCGGCACGGGCGCCGGCUGCGGCCAGAUCAUGUGGAGCCAUUCCAACAUCUGCGACACCAUCACCAGCCAGGCAUUCCUGAGUGCCGCCACCGCCACCGCCACGCCCAAAGGCUCUCUGGAGCUGCCUGAGCCCGGCAGCUCGCGUUGGCAGCCGCGCACCGGCGUCGGCAUCACCAGUGGCGAAGGCGGCGUGGCGGCGGCGGCCGCCGCGGCCGCCGCCGCCAGCGGCACGAUGGGCGGCAGUGCGCCCAACGUGGCCAUGGCUUGCGACCGCACCGUGGGCAGCAUCCUAUCGGAAGCAGGCGGCGGCGCCAGCAGCCGCGCUGCGGGCGGCGUGGCGAGGCUAAUGACGUCUGUGCUGGGCUCAGGGCCGGGGCAGGGCCUGGCGGCGGUACCGGCGCUGCUGGCGCCGGCGCCGGUGCAGUUGGCGAUGUACCUGGUGUUUCCUGAGGUGCUGUCGUGGGCGUCCAUUGAUGCCGUACACAUCGAGCUGCAGUCACUCAUGCCGCUGAUGUUUGUAUCACUGCGCUGCGCCAUGACGGAAGCGGAGCGCGGCGGCGACGGCGCAGUCGCAGCCGACUGGCUACAACUCUACGACCAACUCACAGGCGGCCGCGCCGCCGCCGCCACCGCGCCCAUCAUGCUGACGGUGCCCGCCCGCCGCGGCAGCAGCGGGCCCGGCGGCGGCAGCAGCCACGUUGCCAGCAGCGGCGGCUACCGGGGCCUUGGCGCCGCUAACCUCAGCAGCGGCCUAGGCGGCGGCGACGGCAGCAGCGGCGUUGGAGACAGCGACCCCCGGCGUGGCGCCAUGCGUGCGGAGCUGCUUGCGAAGAAGCAGUCGGGUAGCGCAGCGUUGGCGGCGUUGCAGCGCCGGGCGGGUCAAGGCGCCGCUGCGGCGGCGGCUGGGGCGGGCGCAUCCGGGUCCCGACGGCGCGAGUCCAUGGCAUCGGCUCUGGGGCUCGCGUCCCCCACCUCGGCGGCGGCGGCGGCGGUGGCGGCGGCAGCCGGAGUCGGAGGUGGGGGCGGGGCGGCGGUCAGCGGCGGCGCGACGGAUGCUGUCCUGCCGCCGCUGUCGCCCGGUGUGGACACAGCCAUGGACGCUGCGAUCGAGGCGGCGGCGAAGGAUAUGUCAAGCAACAUGUCAGGCGCCGGGCCGGGGCGGCUGCUGGCCCUCAGCGCCUUAGCCCGCCAGACGGGCGUGGGCUUGGCACAGCCUCUGAUGUCCACGGGCCACUCCUUUCUCAUGAACACGGCCCCCUCGCUCGUGCUGGAGGACCCAAGCAGCCUGGCGGCGGAGGCGGCCGCCAGCACCGAGCAGCUGGUCACCACCAUGCGCGCGCGCCUGCUGCCGGCGCUCAGCGCACACCAGGAGUUCACGCCGGAGGGAGCCAACAAGAUGGCGUUCACCCAGGACCUCGCUUCCGUGGAGCUGGUGGAGAUCCUAGGCCACGGCGGGCAGGGUGUGGUGUUCCACGGAACCAUGCACGGACUGGAGGUGGCGGUCAAGGUGCUGGAGCAGAAGAAACCGCCACCCAAGCCGCAGCGCUCACAGCCGCCGCCCACGCCGUCGCAGCUGGCUCGCGGCGCCUCGCUGGAUGAUGGGGACUCCACAGCACGAGGGGGCCAGAACGGCGCUGGGAGCGGCGCCGGCGUGGGCAGCGGCAACGGCGAGGGCGAUGAGGAUGCGGUGAUUGACCGGGUGGACGAGGAGCAGAUCCGCACGACCAAGCGCAGUGCCAUGGAAAUGGCUGUGGCGUCCCUGCUGGGCGGCCACCCGCACAUCGUGCAGGUGUACGCGGUGUUUUCCAACGUGGCGGUCAUCCGGCACAAGGACGCACGCGGCGCCGCGGCCAAGCAGCUGCGGCUGUGCACCGUGGACGACCCCAUCCUGGGCGGCAUCACGCCGGACCCCAUCAACCAAGUGCUGUGCCUGGAGUUCUGUGACGGGGGCUCGCUGCGCGAUGCGGCUCGGGCGGGCGCCUUCCGCCAGGCAGGCGCCGCCGAGGUGCCUGACGCCGGCGCCCUGUGGCCGGUGCUGGUGCCGCUGUACACCAGCCUCCUGGAGGUGGCGCUGGCGCUGCGGCACCUGCACUCCAAGCGCCUGGUGCACUGCGACGUCAAGGCCGCCAACGUGCUGCUCAAGAGCAGUGUGCGGGACAGGCGCGGGUGGAGCUGCAAGCUGUCGGACUUUGGCUGCGUGCGGCUGAUGAACGAGGAGGGACCGGACGGCCAGUCCGGCUUCCGCAUGGCGCACCCGCACGGCACGGUGGCAUUCAUGGCACCAGAGUGUUUCAUUGGCGCACGUGUGCUGCAGACGUCGGCGGUGGACGUGUACGCCUUCGGCAUCAUGAUGUACGAGCUGAUGAUGCUGCGCACGCCGUACAAGGAGAUGGACCAGCGCGACGUGCCGCACGCCGUGGUGCGCCGCCGCCUGAGGCCGGACUUCCACCCCAUGGCGCCGCCCGCCUACUGUAACCUGGCGGCCCGGUGCUGGACUGCCGACCCGCGGCAGCGGCCCACCGCCACACAGCUCGUGAGUGAGCUACAGUUCCUCCUUAAUGAGGCAACGCAGCUUCAGGGCAGCUACACCGCCGCGCCCUAGCCGGGGUCAGCUGUGGCGUUUCCACAGCAGCAGGGUCGGCAACGGCAGCAGCAGGAGCGGGGUGCACCAGUAGCAGUUUUGUCAGCAGCAGCAGCAACAGCAGUAGCUCAGUAGCUGCAGGAGCAGCUGGAGCAAGGGAGGAGAGCACGGCAAGGCCGGGGCUUUUGCACGGCAUAUAGCCGGGGCUUUUGCGCAUGGGCGGAGGCUGCAUGCCCAUGGGUCAGGGGGGGAGGCUGCUACUGUUCAUCUUAAGGCAUGGUCGAACUUGAGUCGAACUGAAAACCUGGGAAUCCUGUUACGACACAAUAUGUUGUCACGGCACAGUCCAUAUUGUGCAUCUGCCCCCAACGGCACCUGUUCCAUCAACACAAAACGUAUGUUUUACCCAAGGCAGCGCAUCGCUGUUCCAGGAAUGAGGGAUGGGCUUUGCAGGAGGCCGGGGGACGAAUGACGGUGACAGGCAAUUGUGCAUUGCGCUGGACACCGCAACACGCAACAUGAAGGUGGUGAUAGGGUUUAGCAGCGACAGCGGCCGCCUGUGCGCCAUCGGCUUUAACAAAAUGGAGGCGUAUGUUUCGAUGGUGUUUGUUUUGAGGACACCCGGCGCUGCACGUGUAGUGAAAUGGAUUUGUACCGCGCCAGGUGGGGUGUGUGCAGCCCAGUGGGGACCGCGCAGUGCGUGUUGGCGCGCUCACUCAAGCGCUUUACCUGUGAUAGCGCAAUGCUAGUUCAGGAUUGUUGAGUUGCUGGCGGCUGGUUAACGGAUGCCACGGAUGCCAAACUCACAGGCAUCACGUGCGGAUGUGGAUGCGGCUAAACACACACCGUGGGCGUGUGUGCGCCGUGCAUGCACUAUCGCGGGCGCACUCGUAGUGCGACAUGGCAGGCACUGCGUUGUGGGCCGGUGUGCGGGUGGGCUGGUUUCACCAGGUUGGCGGCAAAAACAUGAGACGCCAUAAGGAAUGGGUGUUGUCAUUUUCAAUUUCGGCAUUUGCGUGCGCCCCACACGUGCCUUUGCGUACUCGAGGGGUAUUGAUGAUGAGCGGUUGGGUGUUGUAUAGCUGGGAGGCGGACCUGUUGCGGUGAAUGUGGGGGCGGCCGGGCUGGUCUUGAAGGCCCUGCAGGUGCUUGGGAAGGCCGCUACGCACUGUCAUGGGGGGCCUUGCUGUUAUCUUGGCGAGCCGCGUGCCUUCACCUGUCUCCACAUUGAUUUGCUGCAUAUUGUUCACUUGGUUGGGCGGCAUGGAGCAUAGAGCUUCUGCUGGCGUGCUGAGGGAACAGUCUGCCCUGUAGACCUUACGUGGCCAUACGGCACGUAUUGAGCUGCAUUUGCAUCGCAACAUGUGGCACAUUCCAUUGAGAACAGUUCAAGCAAGGUGAGCAGCUCACGCGGUGUGUGAGGACCGGCUUGCUGGUAGCUGUGCCGUACGAUGUGGCCACGUGGGUGGCAGUGUGGCACGCGGUGGUAGCGCCGCAGGCCAGCUGCGUGGAGUAGAAGUGCAGGGGAGGUGCAAGCUCCGGUCGAUUGGUUCAGGGGUGAUAUCGUGGGGAGGUAUCGACACUGGUACGUGGUAGUGGUACUGUUCGCAGUGAACUGAAGGCGGUGACUGCGGCAAUGCGGCAUGCACAUGUCGGCAAGCGCAUCGUAUGGACGCGUGGCGGGGGUGCAGCCUUGGGUGCAGCAUCAAAUGAGUGCUCGCCUGCAAGGCUGCAACAAAUGACAUCAGGUCUCAACCGGUAGGCGGUGGCAGAUUGCAUUGGUUACAAGAGGGACUUGCUGACGCGAGUCGCGAGCGACAUCUGCUCUGGACCUCAGGGACGUGCCACCUGCGACGUCGACGGCAGUGCGGGGAUACGGCCUAUAUGACGAACAGGCCAUAAACCAUACGGCCACACGAAACCAUACUGCACGCAGCUGCACGCCAACACAAGCUCGGUUGUGAUGGGCGUGGCCGGUCCCGCCUGCAGUAGUCCGAUUGUUGAUGAGUAAUGAUGAUACUGCAGAGCCAUGCACAACGCAUGGCAUGUCCCACGCCAGACAGGCCACACCAGGCGCAAGCUUGCCAUUGGGAAUGGUGGGGCCUGGUCACCUGCCACAUUUAUGGUACCGGUACUCUCGCAGCCACAUCGGCAGCUGGCUGGAGGCUGCUGGAGCAAGUUGAAGGCCGUGAAAGCUGUUGAUUCUGUUCUGCUGCAGACCUGCCAUCCAACUAAAACCCGCGGACCU